AAACACUAUUGUGACUAUUGCGAUGUCUUUCUAACCCACGACUCUGCUUCAGUGCGCAAAGCACACAACAACGGGCGCAACCAUCUCGCCAACGUCAGGGACUAUUAUGCGUCCCUUGGUCAUGACAAGGCUCAGAGUAUCAUUGACCAAAUCACAGCAGCGUACGAGAGC